UACCAGACCAUGGGACCCUUUGAAUGAUAUGAUCCAGUUUGAAAAAGAUGGCACCAUCCAAACAAAAGUUCGACACCGGACACCAAUGGUUAGCGUUCCAAAAAUCAAACGAAAGCCAGCCAGUCAGAAGAAAGGAGAGUGUGGUUUCUCAUCCCCGGAGCCUGAUAACCAGGAUUCCUCUGGGAGUGAAGCGCAACUCCUGAAGCAUAAUACAAGAAUAAGGAAAAAAGGGGCCGACCUUGGUGAACUGCAGAGUGCCAUUGAAUCUAUAAAGGAAACGCAAGAAGACAUUAAGAGAGACAUUAUGGCCCUGCGAAACAGAGUCACUUCUAAUCCACCACCUGUGGACUACCACUUCUUGCAGUUUAAGCACUAUGUCUUCAUUUUACUCAUGGUUCUGCUGCAGCUUAUCAUUAAUUUCUUGUUCAAAUAGGAAGUGCGAAUAAGGGCCUUUCUGAGCUGGAAUGAUCGAACUCUUACUGGGGACCGUAUUAUAGGCUGGACUGUAAACGAUGCAAUAUUAUCUAAAAGAGCCCUGUAGCAACAACUUACAGAACUUUGCCUCAGCAUCCGUGGUUCAGAAUCAUACUCCCCUCUACCCAGUUGAAGUAAGAAUUGUGUAAGUGCCAGUACACUCUUGCUCCUGGUGUGUGCCUCUGUCUCGCAGACAUCAGCCUUGUGUUUUAUAUUACGUCAUAUGCUGUAUGAUGAAUCUUC